AUGGCAAAGACCAGAGGAGGCCAUUCCGCCUCCCCGUCCUCACCGACACCUCGACCACAGCGAGCCGCCAUGGGAGCCGCACCUUCACCUCCCGUUCAGGCCCCGACCAUUCCCCCAUCUGAGGGGGAAGCUCCUUCUCAGCGCCGAUACCCCACCCGGAGGCCACCCGCAGACCCUGUGCCACCAGUCCAACAGGCCACGAGCCCUGUUUCUCGGUCCCCUGCGAAAAGGUCCAGGUUCUCGGAUCCUGGAGAGCCAUCCCACGCACCUCAGCCACAACCAGCUACAGAGGAACCUCGGAUUCCAGUCGACAUGCCUCCCGAGGCCGUUAUCAGGCGUCCCAUGAUAGCUGGACCGCCGAUUGAGGCCUACUUUGCACCUCAGGGAGCCCCAACUGUACAUGCACCUCCAGAGCUACCCCGAGUUGAGCAGAUACCUCAGGCCCAGCAGGAUGAGAUUCUCACAGAGACACCACCUCCUGCCCCAGCAGCACACCCCUCAGUGCACAUGCCCGAGGCUAUACAUUCUACCUCCCCUAUCACUCAGGGUGCUCCACCAACAGCGCCAGCUACCCCAGCACCUCCUCCUCCAUCUGAGCCCACUUCCAUUGACAAUGAGAAAGGAUCAUCAGAUGAGGGAGAUGUAGAGUCCAGAUAUGAGAUUAGGAACCGAUUGAAUUUCCGAUCCUUGGUGCAUAAUGAACCUACUACUGUUAAAUCGAAGUUCUCGCCUGCGAGCAAGUCGGAUAAAUCCAAUGACGUCGGAUUGUCUGUGAGUUAUAGUGUUGGAACCGACGAAAUAUCCAAUCUGAAAAUUGUUGCACAACAUCGAGAUUUAUCCGAAUUUGUUGCAUCACUUAAGGAUUACUUCGACAAGGCUUCAUCAGUUGGUGAAUGCGUUUCUGAGAUGCUUAAAACUGGUAGAUCUCAGAUCGAUCAAAGCUUUUGA